UACGAAAGGAGGUGUGGUUCAUCUCUUGUUAUUUGAGAGCACAGCACAGCCCAGACCAAGGCAAGGUCUUCUCCUGCAGCUCUGAGAGGCAGGCAAGGCUCAAGAAACCACAACUUCGCAAAUUCUUCCAGAAGGACACCAGAGCCCCACUGUCUUCUGAUUAAAGAAGGGGGUACGCCAAGGUUGGGUUUCAGCACUGUGGACAGCAGAUCCUGGUGACCAGAGGACCACAGUCAGACUCUGAAACAGCUCUGCACGUUGUAGAACGUUGACACUCUGCCAGACUUAUUGCACAGGUCAUCUUCAGCCAGGAGGUCCAUCAUGUCCAUCUCUGUGCCCACCAGUGGCUGUGUUCGCCUGGUCUUCCUGGGAGCUGCUGGGGUCGGUAAGACUUCCCUGAUCGAGCGCUUCCUCUACGACCGAUUUGAUGCUCGGCACCGGCGGACGGUGGAGGAGAUCCACAGCUUCGACCCCGAGCCAGAGGUCCUCCAGCUUCGCAUUGAGAUCACGGACACCAGUGGCAGCUACUCUUUCCCGGCCAUGCGCAAGCUGAGGAUCCAGCAAGGAGAUGCCUUCGUCCUGGUCUUCUCACUCAAUAACCCAGACACUUUCCAGGAGGUGGAGACCCUGAGGGAAGAGAUCCUGAGGGUCAAGGGGGAACCCGAUGUCCCCAUAGUAGUGGUGGGAAACCAGACAGACCUGUUCCCUGGGGUGGAAGCUGGGUCUGGCCAGCUCAUGGCUCUCCACGCUGCGGCCACUGCUGAGCUGGAGUGGGAGAGUGGCUAUGUGGAGACCUCAGCCAAAGCCAACCAUAGAGUGGAGGAGGUGUUUGAGGAGCUACUCCGCAGAGUGAACAUGCCCUGUCUGCUGAGUCCAGCUCUGGAGAGGCGCAGAGCCAGUGCACAGCCAGAGCCCAGGAGAAGACAACCACGCAGGAAGCAGGACAAGUGCUCCAUAUCAUAGAGGGGACCUCUAAACACUGCCAGACUGCCAUAUCAUAGAGAGAACUUCUGAAAACUGCCAGACUGACAAUGGUUUAUCAGUGAGAGUCCACAGACAGACUCUAACAGUGCAAGAGCUACUGGGCAAGCAAGGGGCUGUUGCCAUUGAGAAGUGAGUGUCUGGACAGCUUUCCAGGUGAAGAAUGUAUUUAGAAAGCUAAAUAAGAACAAAAUGAAUUUAACUGUCUACAUCCUAACUUGGCACAAGUACCCUGAGAGCAGAGUAUAAUUGAACUGCCCCUGUCUGCUCAGAGGACAUUGAAAUUGCUUCAGAGACUUGUGUAAGGUAACUUGACAUUCCAUUCAUGGAACCUUCAUUGGUCAUUUCAGGCCAAGCAACAAUGAGACAUUCCCUUAUGGAAAGGAGGACCUCACCCUCUAGUCUAGUCAUCUAGAGGAAAAUAUUUGCUUAAUGUGAGCAGGGUAUAUGCUGAGUAUUUUAAAGAUAUUUUUUAGACCUGGUUCUAUGAACUGUGUGGUUCCCAGUGCCUGUUUUUUUACAAUGUUUUUUUUUUUUCUGCCUUCAUCUGGGCAGUAAAUGUCAGGGGUUAAGCUAUAGACAGAAUUCUGUUUGGGUGAAAAAAAUAUAUUUCAGAUGAAUAAUAAUUGCACAUUAUCACUCAUAUACAAUAUCUGUACUUUGAUGUGUUCAAAUAAAGACAAUCGAAUCACA